AAAAUAAAAUUUUGCAGCUUGAUCAGAAUACUGCCUUGAUGUCAGUUCUUUGUGUCUCUUGUCCCUUCAUUCGCCAUUCCCCCUUCUAGGGUCUCUGCUGAAGAUCGGGACAACUGGCGCCCAGAGUGAGGCUCGAGGACAUGGAGGAGUGGUGAACGUCGUCACACACCAAGGCAGGCCUGCCUAAGAGUUGGACCACCAUGGAAGACGGCUCCAUGAGCGAAGGUCGGGUCAGUGAUCACCACGGAAACGCCCGACUGUGAGUCAGAUCCGGAGGAGUUUUAACGUGACGAAGCAAGAUGCUGAUGAAGAAAAAAACUGGGAGAAUUUCCCUGGAUAUUCUGGAUCUUGCUGCUGCCUGUACCUUCUCAUCAGGACCAGAGACUGUUUGACACACCCCCAUUUGCAUGGCAUUUUUAUUUGACUGAAAAUUAUACUAAUUAUGCUAAAACACAGACCUUUGGUCACCUAUUGGCUACCACUGAUUGCCCCUUGCAAGGAUGUCAGAAUCCCAUUUUACUCAACUUUACUGAUUUCCAUAAUUCCCCCAGCAAGGUGCCUCCUGCUAUCUGUUUUUUGUAUGAUCAGACUGUUCACAAUUGCAAAACUUAUUUGAAAGAGAAAAGUGUAGGAUGCCCCUAUUCUUACUGCAAAAUUCAUGAUGCCAUUCCUCCUGCUAAGGGACAGGUAAUUGAGAGAGAAUGGAAUGGCCCUAAAUUUUAUAAGACAUUUACAGGAUAUUCCCUAGUGGUUUGGGACCCGUGGGACUCACGAUGGACUAGUCCAGUAGAAGGAGCCAUGUAUAUGGCCCGAACUGCCACAUGGCCUAGCUCCAGACUUUACAUUUGGUGCUCUUAUGUACAAGCAUAAUUUACGGUCCAUCAUAAUAUCCUUACACAAGAAAAAAAUUUAAUGACACAAAUAUCAUCCCCCUCCUCUCCAUUUUCUUGGCUUUCCCUCCUCCGAGAAGGCCUUAUGUUUGCCAAUGUUACUGGCAUUGGGAAUCUCUCAUCAUGCUUCCUAUGUGCAGCCUUGGAACGUCCUCCCCUGAUAGCAGUACCCCUGCCUCAGAUCCCUAAUUGGGCCACCACUGAUAAUUCCCAUGGCUUCCACCCCAUCCCUGAAGUACCCUUGUUUCUUGACCCAGGCUGCUCCAAGUUUGAGUUUUGCUUUUCUAGUGUUUCCCUUCCCUUUUGUAACCAGACUGUAUUACCCAAUCGUCCUUUUGCCCCCUCUGGAUUUUUCUUUUGGUGCAAUGGCACUCUAUCAAAAAACUUGAUCAUCCCUAUCCCACAGGACAUGAUCUGCCUAUCUGUCACUCUGGUCCCACAACUUAUGCUCAGGACUCCUGCGGAGUUCUUGGGAUGGGACUUGCCCCAGCCCAAGCAAAAAAGAGCUGUCUUCUUGCCCCUUGUGGCCGGAAUUUCCCUUGCCACCUUGCUGGUCUCUGCAGGCUUGGCAGGAGGAGUUCUGGGUCAUUCCCUCAUAACAACAGCUCACCUAUCCAAGCAACUUCAGGUAGCAAUUGAGGCUUCUACAGCAUCCUUAUCCUCCCUCCAGAGGCAGUUAACCUCUCUUGCACAGGUUGCCCUACAAAACCGAUGGGCCUUGGACCUGCUGACAGCAGAAAAGGGUGGGACAUGCCUUUUUCUGAGGGAAGAAUAUCAUUAUUAUAUUAAUGAGUCUGGAAUGGUAGAAACCCAGAUAAAUAAGCUACAUAAACUUAGCCUAGAGCUACAUAAGCAGCAAUUCUCUGCCGCAGCAGAUGAUUGGUGGAAAUCAUUCAUGUUCUCCCUUUUGAUGGCUCUUGCAGGACCAUUAUUCAGCAUCUUGUUAUUUGCAACUUUGGGUCCCUUUAUAAUUGGCAGGCUAAUCCGAUUCAUCAAAAAACAAAUAGACUCCCUGGCCUCAAAACCUAUACAGGUUCAUUACCAUCAGCUCGAAAUGUUGGAUCGAGGAUGUGAUCCCUAUGAUAUUUCUCAGUCCUCUUCUCCUUUAGGGGCAGCAUAAAGUCCGAACCUAUGCUUAUUGGCAUCAGCCAGUAUGGACAUCACUGGGUGCAAGGCCAAGCACUGCAGGGGAAGGCUGAUUGAAAAGCCCUUGGUUCGGAUUCCCUGAGAGACAAACCUGACUUGCAUAGAGGUUGGUAUCUAGAGGCACCAAAAAUGCCUAAGCCCUCUUCCUCCCCAAAAGGUACCCUUUUUUCUCAAGCCUGCAGCAGCUCUAGGAGGAGUCAGGUCAAUGUCUCCCCCAGCCGGUUAAGGUCCACCACCAUUCAGGUGGGCACACUCCCUUAUAAAAUAAAAUAAAGGGAGGAGAUGCCGAGGACAAUUUCAAGAGCCAUGCCAUAUUGUCUGCCUGAGUCAACUUUCUGUUGUCCA